AUGUGGGACCGGCUCCAAGCAACAUCAUCGGCGACGGCCACAGCAACAUUCUUCGCCUUUGGUCGUCAUCGCCAUCAAACCUCGUCCCCCUCGCAUUCGGAUCACACUGCUGGCAUUCCCAAGUCACGAACCGGCCGCCGUCGUGGCAACCACGGCUCAAGCUGGCCCGACAACCUUGACGAUCCUUUCGGCACUCUGGCCGUGGCCCGCUCCGGCUCAUACAAGUUCGAGAUUAGCAGAGGCAAGGUUGUGCCGCAGACGACGCAUGCCGACAUGUACUUUCAUGUCGACGUAUCGCCUAUCGACGAUGAGCCCGUCCACUUUCACGAGCAUCUGCCGCAAGAGACGUCCCGGCAUCAACCGCCACAGCCCUCGCGCCAAAAUGGCACGAACAGCAUUCCGGAAGUCGAUCAUAUGAACCGGCGCGCCCCUACCCUUGUCAUUCCGAGGACGCGAGAGCCUAAGCCCAACCACGACCAACGUCGAGAUCACCAAACUUCCUCUGAUCAAAGCCCUGCGCUCCAAACUGAAGCCAAGCCGAGGCAGCCUGCAGCCGGUGACGCGCCCGACACCGCACCUUCAGUUCUCGAUUCGGUCACAAGAAUGUUGGCAACGCCAUCUGGCCGCGGCAAAUCGCCCGCUUCAACUUUCGGUCAACGGAUGCGCGCCCUCGGUCGCAGCAAGCCUGACCCGGUUGACAGCCGGCCCCCUUGGUACGGUCCGAGUGGACGGGACAAGCUUCUCCAACCCAUUCGCGAUGAUGAUGGUGCUACCACUCUCACCAUGCCCCGAAAGAACGUCAAUGGGACUGUACGUGGGGCCGCAGCAUCCAACUGUCCCCCUGAUGCCCAACUUGAAACGUCCAAUGCCGCCGCCGCCGCCGGGGCCGCUACGGACACCGCAAAUAGCCUUCAACCGCUGGCGCAGAACGGAAGGGCUAGUAACAAACCGGCCACGCCAUCGUCCUCGCUCUCCUCAACCACGUCUUCCACUUCGCCCUCCUCGUUGCUUCACAGGGGAAGACAACAGCUGCAGCGCAGCCACCUCGAGGCCGAGUCUCCUCCAUCGACCUCCAGUGAUUCGAAAUCAUCGGAUUCCAAGUCGCUCACGUCGUCCUCGGCCUUCACGCCGCGCGAAGUCAUCAAGCGAAAACCACCUCCAUUUCCCUCAACCACUGCCUCCAUCUCGGCGCAGGCCCGCCACGCAUCAGACCCGACCAUUGCCGGACGAUCGACGACCAAAGACGACCGGGUCGAGAUAGCAUCACGCUUUGGUGUCACGACAUUCGCGACUUCGAACCCCGCUACGCUCCGGCAGGAAAGGGACCGGACGCCCGUGCCGACCCCGCCACUGCAGUCAACCUCCGUCAUGAACCGUAGGAGGCCCGUUGGCGGAGGACAUGGCGGCAAGUCGGCUGCCGAACCGGUCUUGAUAUCGAUGAGAAAUACAUCCGCACCAGAGACAGAAUCGAAUCCACACCGACGACCGAGCGACCCGACCGAGCACACACACUUGACCGGCAGCGGCCAGCUAGUUGACCGUCGCUCCUCCGCCUCUCCCGCAGCAAAGCCCCUCCCUCUUGCACCGCACGAGCUGCAAUCGUCCAAGGACCCUGUAGAAACGCUAAAGGCGGAAGUUGAUGUUCUCGCCCAUCGGCGCAUGAACAUUAACAAAUGCAUCCAGCAAAUGACGGCGCGAAUGCCGUCCGAUAACCUCAUGGCUAGCCAGCAGCUGCUGCGCAAGCGUGAGAACGAAAAGAUAGCGGCUCUGAAGGAAGAGCUUGCCGAGGUGCAGAAGGACGAGUACACGGUUGGUCUCAAGUUGCACCGGGCCUAUAAGCGAAUGGAAAGGAAUUCCAACUACGAGCAGACUGGUCUCUGGGUGAGCAGGGUGGCGAGGUGA